UGCAAACACAACAGAAAACACAACGGUGAUGAGAUGGUUGAGUGAACGUUCGUCGUGUUUUUAAGGAUUCCAUGUGAUUCUUUGAAUAUGUCGUUUAUUAAGUGACCAUGAUUUUCAUAUUUUUAAGCUCUACAGAUGUGUUAGAGUAUGUGUCUUUAAGCCAAAAUUCUGUUUACCUGAAAAAUUCAGUAAAACAAUUGGAAUUUUUAUCCCGUUACUCGGGAAAAUUCACAGCGGAUCUAAUGAACGGGUCAUAAAAUUGAGGUUACGUAGGAUCCCAACACAUUGACAGCAGAAAACCCCAAAGGAAAAUAGUUACUGAUUUUUUGUGAGUUGUAUGUCUCCAAUAAAAGCUAAAUAUUAAGCGGACAACAGGGGCCGCAUCUCAAACAUAACAGGUUCGGAAUUUCACUACUUUUGGCUAUAACAUGAGUGAAAAUCGUAACAUCAUGAUAGGAAGGACCUCAUACCCUGCUCCUGGAGGUUCUAUGUUAAACCAGUCAAUAUCGCAUGUACAGAUGUCUCAUCAAAUAGGAAACUCCCAAAUGAUAAUGGGAGGAAGCAGCAUGUACUCUGGUAUGCUUGUGAAACCAGGAUCAAAUUACUCUAGUCCUCGUUCUAGUGUAGGCAGUGGAGGAGAUUCCAAGGGCUCAAGUCCGCGAACAAGUCUUACAAAUCCGCCACCUCCCCCUCCUUAUGACCAGAGAUUUGGCAGUCCUCGGUCAAGCAUGGCAAGUCCAAGGUCAAGUAUAUCUGGUACAUCAUAUGAAUCCAAACUAUCUAGUCCCAGGACAAGUCUAGUGGGUAUGUCAGGUGUAAUGCUGGACAAAUUUCCACCUAGUCCCCGAAACAGUAUGGUUCUAGACAACUAUGGACAAUAUCAUUCAAAUGUCAGUUUGGGACCUACGAAAAAUUUGUAUCUUUUGAAUGACAGUCGCUUUAAUGAACCAGCUCCACAUGCACCCCCUGCAUACUCAGAUCCAAGACUGAGAAUGCAUGUUACUCCAGUUAAUGUGUCUCAAAUGAAUAAUCAAAAUCUCAAUGGAUCUCAGUUUCACAAGCAGAUGAAUGGUAAAUUGAAUUCUAUGUCUGGAAGUCUGAACAGCUUACCUGGUUCUCAGGGAGCACCUCCAGCAAUCCCUGCCAGAAUCCCUCUAAAUCAGACAGCUAAUAGCAAUAAAAACUUUGAAAUGGAGUUAGCAGUGUUAACACAACAAUUAGAAGACAGCAUGAAAAUGGCUGGAUCUCAAAACUUUCCUGUGGAUCAGACUGUUCACAAACCACCCCCUCCCCCUUAUCAUGGUCCCCAUAAAACUGAACCUGUCCCUAGUUUACCACCAAGAAAUCCACGGUACACAACUGCAAGUCCUAACCUUAUCCAAACCUGCCAGCAUCACCAGCAGCCUCUGACAUCCACCGCUGGAUUUGUCACAUCCACUGUCCCCGCCGCUGGUAAAAAUCCCCCCUCUGUGGCCGUGAGACCCCAGGCACAGAUGCCAUUCCAUAUCACAACACAUCCUGGAAAAUCUGUCACAGACAGUAUUGAACAAAAAGUGGCGGCCCUCACCCAACAGCUAGAGGAUGACAUGGAAAAAUCUCCCCAAGGAGAAUAUUUUGGUCAGUGCUUUACCUGUGGGGAGAGGGUGUCUGGUGCUACAGAGGCGUGUCAAGCUAUGGGGAAUCUUUACCACACCAAGUGUUUUGUCUGCUGCUCCUGUGGGAGGACACUGAGGGGGAAGGCAUUCUACAACGUCCACGGAAAGGUAUACUGUGAGGAGGAUUAUCUGUAUUCUGGUUUUCAACAGACUGCAGAGAAAUGUUGUGUCUGCGGCCACUUGAUUAUGGAGAUGAUAUUACAAGCAAUGGGCAAGGCCUAUCACCCAGGCUGCUUCAGAUGUUGUGUGUGUAACGAAUGUCUGGACGGUGUGCCAUUUACGAUUGACGUAGACAACAAAAUCUACUGUAUUGCUGACUAUCACAGAGUGUAUGCUCCCAAGUGUGCAGCAUGUGGCCAGGCAAUCACCCCAGUUGAGGGAACAGAAGAGACUGUCCGAGUUGUGUCCAUGGAUAAAGACUUCCACGUUGACUGUUACCAUUGUGAGGACUGUGGUCUACAGCUGACGGAUGAAGCCGACAAGCGUUGUUAUCCACUGGAUAAUCAUCUGUUUUGUCACGGAUGUCACAUUACGAGACUUAAGAGUCAGUUCCCAGAUGAGCACUUCUUUUAUGACCCGGUGACGAAGAACAUCCAGAAUAGGGUCACCAAAGACGGCAAACAACGCAACAGCAUAGCUGUCACACCUGCUUCUCUAGAGUCCUACCCCCAGAAUCUACCCCCCUCCCGUGCCCCUCCCUUGUCUAAAUCAGAUUCUCCCUCCCCAGGCCCCUCGUCUCCAGCUAUGAUGAAUGGAGGAGGGAAUUAUAAUUAUUCCAAUCGAUAUGACGGAAGUCCAUACCAUCCUCAACCGGGACCUCAAGUCCCAUCUACUAAAUCUGGGGCCACCCGAUACCAGGUCACAGAUCUAUAAAUAGAAAUCGGAGACAAUCCUCAGUUUUAUAAAGCAUGAUGUUUAAAUUGUAAGAUGCAGUGUCAUGUUCUUUUUAAUAGCUAUUAAGGUGAUGAAAUAUUAUAAUGAAUUAUAAGUGUCAUGUGGCUGGCUCACACUUUUUACAUUUUUCUAGUGUAUGAUGAUUUCUUUUUUUCCUGUUUUUGUGUUUGUUUUACUUAAUUUUACAAUUUUUAUGAUGUAUGUCUCAAGUUAACAUCAAACAUUUGUUGAGCAGCAUUAAACUUACACUUGUUAGUGCUUGUCUGGUAAGAAUCUUUGUUGUCUCAUCUUUGUAAAAAUGUCAACAUUCCAAAGAAAAGUAUCGGCUAAAAAUUCCAUUUUGUACAUAUUUUCUUGUGAUCUAGUUAUUUUGGGAAUUGAGAGUCCAUGAAUUAAGAACAUGCUGGUUUCUGAUAUUAUGUACCAGUAAGUUCUUAUUCCGUAUCCUUGAGAAAUCAUUUAGUUAAGAAAUCCAAUUUUUGUGUUGGACCUUGAGCACUUUCUUACUUGGAUUUAAAUAAUUGGUCUAAGGGCAGACAACUGUAAUCUAUUAUUAUUAUCCAUCAAUUUUAAGAAGUUGAUAUUUACAAUAGGCAAUAAAUCCAUGAUUAUUUGUCGACUAAAUGUGUUCAGUAUUGCAAUAGUCCUGAGGUAGGUGCGAGUUGUAAAUAUAUCUUCCUGUGUGUGUGUUGCUGAGUAUUCCAGGGUACUAGAUGAUUUUAUUUUGAAGUGUAUCUACAGGUUUCACAGUUUAAGAGAAAACAAUUUAUUUUAAUCACUGCUAGUCAAUUGUCUUAUCCAUGACCCAAUUAUUAUUCAACAUUAUUCACCAUUUCAUUUAAAGAAAAUCAUGCAUACAGUAACUCUUGAAUCAACAGUCAGCAAUUACAUGUAUUUGUUCUUGUUAAAUAUAUUUUAAAUAAAAUGACAUGUUAUUUAUUUCAUUGUAAGAUAAAAAUAGGAAAAUAUUUAGCAAGGUCUUGUCCUGUCUCAUGUUUCUUUAUCUGUUUUAUUUUGUUACACAUAAUAUCAACAAUCCUUGAUUAUAUCCUGAAUGUUAGUUUUAGUCAGUGAAACUUUCAUUUGGCUUAUGCUUUUUCAGUUCAGUGCAGAAUAAUUAUGUAAUACAUGUAGUAUGUUGUGUUUUUGAGGGCAGUAUCCAUGUUAAGAGAAUCUCACUUGAUGCUUAUGGUAAUAAUAAGGAAAUUGUUAAGUGUUGAUAGCAUUUGAAAAAUAUACAGUAUAUUUUACAAAAGUAUUUCCAAGUUUUUGCUGAAAUGCAGUAUAUGAAAAUAUUUGAUCUUCCACCAAGCAUGAUCUAUACAAUAUCUGGACUACAGCAAGCUUGCUGCACAUGUCUGGACUACAACAAGUUUGUCACACAAAUGAAUUGAACCUAUUUGCCCCAGGACGUGGGGAUAAUAGACUUCUUAUUCUUCAUAGAUGACAUUAAUUUUCCCUGCGGUAAUUACUCUUUUUUAUCAAGCUUGUCCCAUGAUCCACGGCAAAUUACAUCUAGCUUUAACCAUGCUUCAGAUUUGAGAAGUUAUAUAUUACACCAAAUAUAGGAAGUUUUUGAAAAAUAUCAGGAUUGGACAAGUAACUCUAAAGCAAACUAGUGAAUUCAAGCUUGUGGAGUUGUCCUAUAUGUCUGUAAAAGUUCUGCUGCUUUACCAGUUUUUGGAGGAUUUUGAUGUAUAUUUGUUUCCUGGAUUGUUCAUUGUAGAUAUUAUUUAGUUGUUUAUAUUUAUUUUUUUUUCACAUAACCUGUGGGUUGUUUAUGUGUAUUUAUUUGUUUUUUUUUUUUUUGUGCUUUAGAUCCAGAGAGAAGUAAUUCCCUCUUUGUCGUACAGACAACAGUGUAUUGUGGUUGCAUGGCCUUAAUUUCAUUUAUAACCAAGUAUUCUUGCUUUUGAUUGUGGCAGUUUCUUCUUAUCAAAUAUUUUGUAGCAUGUUAAAGAAGUUGUUCAAAUUAUUUUUCUGUUUUUGACAAUUUUGACACUGAAUGUAGCCUUUACCUUACAAUAUGCAUAUAUUUUCCAUAGUUUAAAAAAUUUAUUUUAAAAUGUGGCAUACGUUUGGUUAAUAUGUCUUCCUUAAUUUUAAAUAUGAAAUAUACAGUAAAACAUGCUUAUAAUGAAGUGCCAGGGAUGAGUGAUUUUGCUUCUUUAUAAGCAUAAUUCAUUAUAUCCAGUAAGUUUACAAUAUAUUUUAAAGUCAUUUGGAAUGAAAAUCACUUCGCUAUAAGCGUCAAUUUGUUAUAAGUGUGAUCGCUGUAAGUGUGUUUUACUGUAUUAGCAAAAAUUUGAUCACAUCUGAAGUGAAAAUAGCACUUGUUCUAUUCUGAACUAAGGAGAGAGGCAAAUUCUGAUGCUGGAAAGAAAUUCUUUAACUGUGUUAGACUGUUGUGUUCAGUGUCAUUAUGAAGUAAAAUGUUUCAACACACAUCUUAAAUAAAAUGUAUAUGUAAAGAACUAGGACAAUCCCUUGCUCGGAUGGUAAAAAACAGAAUGAAGAAAUGCAUAUCAAAUAAAACCAACUUGAAAGUGGAUUGUAAGGUAUUAAAUGUGAAUAAGUAAUUAUUUUUGGAUAAAUAUUAUUUGGCAUUAACUUCUCUCUGUCCUGCAUUGUUCACUGUUUAUAUUUGGUAGAUCUGAAUGCUGGUUACAAAUGUCUGUUCUCUAGGAGUGGAAAUUGUCUGAACAUUAGAAUGCCUUUAGAAAAGUGUAACAGGGGGCAUUGCAUAAAUGCUAGAAUGCCUUAUAAACGUGUAUCAAGGGCUACAUGUGAUAAAGUAGUUGAUAUUUUGAAUUAAAGAAAAUGAUCAUGAAAA